CAGCAGACUGCAAAACGGAAGCUGGGUUUUGUAGUUGCAGUUGUCAGAAGAAAGAAUUGAUAAUGAAAGCAGUCUCAAUCCUGACCGUAUUGUCUGCGGCAGUGUUUGGAUUCUUCGUUGGCAUCUCUUUUCCAGUACAGAUCACACCACAGCUUCAGUGUGGCAUAUUACCAUGCAGUAGUGGUGAUGCUGCAAACUACAGCUUCAGUGGCACCAGCAUGAUAGGGAUACUAUGGUCAGCAUUCAGAAACACCAAUAUCCAGUCAAAUGGCACUUCAGAGAAUCAUGCGGUGACAAAGCCGAAAGGUGCAGAGAAGCUACCACCAGGCUUAGUGGUUACAGAGUCUGAUCUCCAUAUGCGGCGGCUGUGGGGAUCACCGAAGGAGGACGUGGCGACUGGCAAGUACCUCUUGGCGCUCGCAGUGGGAUAUUCUGAGAAAGCCAAUGUCAAUGCAACUGUUCACAAGUUUUCUGAUGAGUUCGACGUGGUUCUGUUCCACUACGACGGGCGCACGACCGAAUGGGAUGACUUGGAGUGGUCGAAGCAGGCUGUUCAUGUCAGCGCCAGGAAACAGACCAAAUGGUGGUUCGCGAAGAGGUUCCUGCAUCCGAGCAUCGUGGCGCCCUACGAGUACAUCUUCCUGUGGGAUGAGGACCUGGGAGUGGAUAACUUCACGGCGGAAGAGUACGUGAAGGUGGCGAUGAAGCACGGGUUGGAGAUAUCUCAGCCAGGGUUGGACAGCACAAGAGGGAAGAAGACGUAUGAAGUCACCGUUCGAAGAAACGACGCUGGGGAAAUGCACAAGACGAAUGAGGGAGGCCGUUGCCCUGACGUGCACCAACGACCCUGCAGCGGGUUCGUGGAGGUGAUGGCGCCUGUCUUCUCCAGGGAGGCCUGGACAUGCGUCUGGCAUAUGAUCCAGAAUGACUUGGUUCAUGGCUGGGGUCUCGACUUCAAUUUCUGGAGAUGCGUCGACAAUCCUGAAGAGCAGAUCGGCAUCGUGGACGCGCAGUACGUCUCGCAUCAUGGAGUUCCAACGCUCAUUUCACAGGGUAACGGUGAACAAGAAGGAAGCAGCGAAAAGGUGAGGGCCCGGCAAUGGGCAGAGAUGCAUACCUUCCGUGAGAGAAUUUCCAACGCCGAAAAAGAGCGUGGUAACUCCGCAGCAGCACUAGAAGAGUAUCACCCUUGACAGAAACGCCUUCUUCAUGAAAGCGAGAAUCCAAAGAAGACUGCAUCAAGAUCAUACAAGACAAUCCAAAUUAACUACACUUCCUUUUCAUUAUAUUCAUGAUUCUUCCCAUUAUUUUUUAUUGCGAAGAAUCCACACACUGAUUUUGUGUUCAUUUGCUUUGGGUUAUCUUGGUUUGGUCCUGGUUUCUGCCGCGUGCGCCGACUGACCGGCCCAUCAUGUAUGAAUUAUAUGUCACGCGUUCCAUUCCUUUCUGUAAAACACACACAAUAAAAAGAAUCUUAAAGAUGUUUAUUUUUU